GGCGGCCUGCCGCAGCCCCGCGACUGCCUGCGCUCGGCCUGGUCCUCCUGGAGCAGCUGCGACCCCUGCCAGAGGAAGAGGUACAGAUUUGCCCGCCUGGAACAACCUUCUCAGUUCAAUGGAGAGCCCUGUGAUUACCCCGACAAAGAGACCCAAGACUGUGUCACAAAUAAUCCUUGCAGGAAUAAAGUCAGAUGUGAAGGUUUUGUGUGUGCAGUUACAGGGAGAUGUAUUACACGGAGGCUGCUUUGUAAUGGAGAUGAUGACUGUGGGGACCAAUCAGAUGAAAAAAACUGCAAAAAAGUAUUUAAAAAAUGUGACCACAAGAUGGAGCAGUACUGGGGAAUAGAGAAUCUGGCAAAAGGGUUAAAUAUCUUCACAAACAACUUGGAAGGAUUAGUUCUUGAUCACAAGUACUAUGCAGGGGGAUGUUCUCCUCAUUAUAUCAUGGACACAAGAUUCAGAAAGCCAUACAACGUUGAAAGCUAUACACCAGAGACCAAAGGCAAAUAUGAAUUUACAAUGACUGAAUAUGACUCCUACUCAAAUUAUGAAAGCAGUGUCCUGAAGGCAAAAGCUUCACAGUCUAGCUUCAGCUUUGGUAUAAAAAUACCAGGACUGUUUGAACUUGGUUACAACUCAAACGACAACAGGUUCAAGAAGUUCAUUCGAAGGAUGAAAAGAUUUUCUUCAACUUCCAGCAAAUUCAUCCAUGCCCGGUCUGAGCUGGCUGUUGCUGUUUAUAAGCUGAAGCCCAGGGCCCUGAUGCUGCAUUAUGAGUUCCUGCAGAGACUCCGUCAGCUCCCCUCCGAGUACAGCUACGGGGAGUACAGGGAGCUCUACAGAGACUACGGGACCCAUUACAUCACGGAGGCCACUGUCGGUGGCAUCUAUGAAUAUACUUUAGUCCUGAACAGCAGCGAGCUCCAGAAGGCAGGUUAUUCUCUGAGUGAUGUCCAGAAAUGUGCACAGCAUGGCUUUAACAUUGGUGCAAAUAUUUUUCGUGUCUAUGUGAGCCUUGGAAUAACUGAAGCUGGCUGUAAAUCCCUUUUAAAAGAGAUUGGAGAGAGCAGCUCUAAGAAACAGUACGUGGAGGAUUUCCUCGCCCUGGUUCGUGGUGGAGCAAGUGAGCACGUUACCAGGUUGGCUCACAAAGACCUGCCAACGGCUGCACUCAUGCAGGAGUGGGGAGAUGCUGUGCAGUACAACCCCGAGAUCAUAAAGCUAAAGGCAGAGCCUCUGUACCAGCUGGUGACUCCAAAUGACUUUGCUAACGCAAUCACAAUAAAAGAGAAUCUCCGACGGGCUCUUGAUGACUUUCAGCUAGAGAGCAGUUCCUGUCACUGUGCUCCGUGCCUUGGCAAUGGCAUCCCCUUGCUGCAAGGAACCAAGUGUGAGUGCUUGUGUCCUCUUGGCUACAGAGGCACUGCCUGUGAGAUCAGCAAGAAGAAAGAUGCUGCUAUUAAUGGAAACUGGGGAUGCUGGGCCAGCUGGUCUCCAUGCUCAGGAGGUCAACGAACAAGGAGACGACAAUGCAACAACCCUGCCCCACAAAACGGGGGCUCGUCAUGCUCAGGGCCAGAUGCUGAGACAGCUCCUUGCUAG